UUUGUGCCAACACGAGUCAUUGCGGUUACCAACAUGGCGGAUCUUUUGGGCAGUGACGAAUUUCAGGAAGAUCCAGCAGCCGAGUUUUUGGCCAGAGAACAAGAUGAUCUCGCUGAGCUUGGUGAAGAUUUCGGCGGAGAACAGACAGAAGCUAAUGUGAUGAACGGACUUGACGAUGGGUUAGGGGAACUGGAUCAUCAGCCAGUUGUUAAUGGAUUUGCAGAUGAAGAAAUUUCAGGGGAUCACCAGCCUGUUGUGUCACUUGCAAGGGAUUCUGAACCAGAGUCUGUGAGAAAAUGGAGGGAAGAAAAAGCAGCCCUUCUUGAGAAAAUGGAUACAGAAGAAAAAGCAGAAAUACAAGAGUGGCGUGAAAAAGCCAAGAAGGAACUCAAUGACUGGUAUGAAAGACGAGAUGAACAAAUAGGAAAAACACAAACAAGCAACAGGGCGGACGAGGAAGCCUUUGUUGCAGAUCGAGAUGACAGCUCGACUCCUGGUCAUGACUGGGAACGAGUGUGCCGCAACUGCGACUUUAAUCCCAAGGGAACAAAAAAUACCAAGGAUGUUUCUCGUAUGCGAUCAAUUUUCUUGCAACUGAAGCAAACACCUCUUGUAAAAGAUUAGUACUGCAAUUUCUCACUUAAAUCGUAAUCGAGUAAAAUACUUGUUACAAUUAUUGGUAGUCUCGCUUUGAAGUCAUAUCGUCUAGAGCAGUAAAUCUAAGCCAAACUGCUGGUCCUAUUUUUUUUUUUUUUUGUUCCUUUUCGAUUUAGCUAAUUGGUGUGGUGAUCGAUUGACCCUUAAUCCAUUUGCCCAUGACGUCAGUCUUAAGGAGUAAUCCAUGUAUUGAUCAGUAGAACUUUUUCUAAUGACAGAAGAUAGGUUUAGGGGUGACAGUGUCAAAGAAUUUUCAUUUAUUACAAGAGCUGUUACUUGGCUUUAUUUUGUAAUUCUCUCUUCUGUCAGAACGGUAUUCAACAUACUAAAACCUUUACUCAAUUUGAGGGGUCAACUUGUAGGCUGCUCCAGUAACCAAUUACAUUAAAUGCAUUCUUAUGUGA